AUGGCUAUUUCCCUCUCUAACCACACUCUCUUAGCUCCUCCUCGCCUCUCCGCUUCUUCUUUCUCUUCAAAACCCUCCAAAACCCUAGAAACCAAAACCUCAUCAUUACCCCUUCAACCUCUACUCCACAGACCCCUCCGUCUCUGCAAACCCAUCAAUGCCUCCCUUCUCCCCAAUUCCUCUCCAAUCCCAAUUAACUGCAAGAACAGGCGUUCUUUGAAGGCUUUUCUUGCACCUCAAGACUCUACAAAUGAGAAGGAAGAAGGUCCGAAACGAGGACCCGGUCUGAAGAACCUUUUGAAGAUUUACAGGCAGGCUAUUUCUUGCGGAGAUGAGAAGACCAUGUUGGAUAUUGAGGCUAAGAUAGGCGUCAUAGAAAAAGAGAAUAACGAAUCAGUCAAGAAAGUGUCACCUUCAUCGGCUGAGAUAACCUCUGGGAAGGAGAAAUGUAUCCGUUUGCAAGCAGAUUUUGAUAAUGUUAGGAAAAGGACGGAGAAAGAGAAGCUUAACAUCAGGAGUGAUGCCCAGGGAGAAGUGAUUGAGAGCCUGCUGCCCGUGGUGGACAGUUUUGAGAGAGCAAAGCAACAAGUACAGCUGGAAACAGGUAAAGAAAAGAAGAUUGAUACAGGUUACCAGGGUAUAUACAAGCAUUUUGCGGGCAUGAUGAGGAGCUUGCAGGUGGCUGCUGUGCCAACGGUUGGAAAGCCUUUUGAUCCUUCGCUUGAUGAGGCCAUUGCACGUGAAGAGUCUCCAGAGUACAAAGAGGUAAUUAUAAUUCAAGAAUUCAGGCGUGGAUUUCUCCUUGGAAAUCGGUUAAUAAGACCAGCUAUGGUUAAUCUAUAUCACGAAAAGAUGGCACGAUACCCGCUGAAUCUACUCUUUCUGCACUCUGGAAGGGGCAGCAUUUCUUGUUUACUGAAACGCUUUUCAUGAUAGCUCAAAUUCGUUUGAUGCAAAAUACCAAUCAACAAUGAUAAUUGACGUGCGUGGAACGUUAACAACAAUCAUGCAACUUCAGAUUGACACUGACUUCUCGAACAAUUAACAACAAUCAUGAGACUACAGAUUUUCUGAAACUUGAUUCUCUGUUGGGAACCGAGGAUGGCUGUAGUUUCUCAUUCCUUUGCCAUCCCUUUCUCCCCGUCUAGACAAGUGAAGUUCAAUCUUCAGCUAAUCCAGAGCUGUUUAUCCUGCAUUGCCACCAAUCCUCCCAUUAGAUUUCAUAAUUUACUAAGGUAAUGUUUGGAGUGCAUUGGACUGAACAAUUUAUCCUAUUGUCUGGUAGACAUUGAACAAGACAGAACAACAAAUUGUAAUGACAAUGACAGUAAUACCUCUCUUGUCUAAUGUUUUAAGUGAAGAUUAUAACACAUAUUUUAAUCCUAAAAAUUAAUAUAUAUAUUUUUUUUAA